AAACAAACGAAUAACGCACCGUUAAAUACGCAGGAAUUGGGGGGUAUGUACGUAAAUGCCCCUCUUCUUAAAUCACACAGCGAGGCAGCCCUAUGCAUCAAACAUUUGGCUGAUCUUCCUCAGAUCUUCAGCUUUUGACCGCCGCCACUGCAAUUUCGGGGGCGGCGUUAGCUGGGAGGGCUUGUGCUCCUCCGCCCCCUUCUUUUUUACUCAACCCCCGUUUCCUUGAAGAGAAGAAACAGGGAAGAUGGAGAUUGCUCUCUCUCUUUCUAGUCUCCGGGGUGACGUUACCCCUCUCCUCUCCGCGCCGAACUCCUCCAUUUUUGUGAAUCAUGGAAGCGGUCAGCAGUUCCGAUCCCAUCCUUAUCUCAAGAUUCGGAAUCAGCUUAACUUCAUGUCUUCAGCAGUUUUAAUGGGAUCAAAUGCAAGAUGCGAAGCAAGCAGAGCAAGCACCAUCCAGGAAGUCUCUGAAUUGACUGAUAUCAACUGGGAUAAUAUUGGCUUUGGAUUUGUUCCAACUGAUUAUAUGUACAUUGCCAAGUCAGCCAAAGAUGGAAUGUUCACAAAUGGUGGAUUGCAGCUUUUUGGACCUAUUCAGAUGUUGCCAUCUGCUGGAAUCUUAAAUUAUGGACAGGGACUUUUUGAAGGUUUGAAAGCGUACAGGAAAGAAGAUGGGUCAAUUUUACUAUUUCGGCCUGAGGAAAAUGCUAGGCGGAUGAGAACCGGUGCUAAGCGGAUGUGCAUGCCCUCACCAACUGUGGAGCACUUUGUGGAUGCUGUAAAGAAAACUGUUUUGGCGAACAAACGCUGGGUUCCUCCUCCAGGCAAAGGAUCGUUGUACAUUAGACCUUUGCUCAUGGGCAGUGGGGCCGUACUUGGACUUGCACCAGCUCCUGAGUACACAUUUCUUAUUUUUGUUUCUCCUGUUGGGAAUUACUUCAAGGAGGGUUUAGCACCAAUAAACUUGAUUGUUGAGAAUGAAUUUCAUCGGGCAAUUCCUGGUGGCACCGGAGGUGUAAAGAGUAUUGGAAAUUAUGCUGCGGUAUUAAAGGCGCAAUCUAUUGCAAAGGCAAAAGGAUAUUCUGAUGUUCUGUACCUUGACUCGGUUCACAAGAAAUAUCUCGAAGAAGUGUCAUCCUGUAAUGUUUUUGUUGUGAAGGACAAAGUCAUAUCAACUCCUGCAAUACAGGGAACCAUACUUCCUGGCAUUACUAGGAAAAGUAUAAUUGAAGUUGCUCAAAGCCAAGGAUUUCAGGUUGAGGAGAGGCUUGUAGCCAUAGAUGAACUGUUUGAGGCUGAUGAAGUUUUCUGUACGGGAACAGCUGUUGUUGUAUCCCCUGUGGGGAGCAUUACGUACCUUAGGAAAAGGAAAGAAUAUGGAAACAGUGGCGUCGGUGCUGUAUCACAACAACUCUACUCCGCACUCACAAGCCUGCAGAUGGGUCUUUCAGAGGACAGGCUGGGUUGGACCGUUGUGGUUGACUAGACCAACUCAACAACUUCAAAUUCAUUUUUACUGCUCUUAACGUAUUCCGGAGGACCACCUUUGACCCCAACUUAUCAUUGGUCUUGUAGCUUUCUCUCUUUCUGCUCUCAUUUCACAACCAAUGUCAUUAGCUUAUCUUUUUAAUU